AUGCCUGAGAUAUGCAUUCGCAUAACCGACAUCCAGGUGGGCCAUGUACUGGGCAAGGGUGCCUCAACGCUCAAAGACAUCCAGGAGCGCACCGGAGCGAAGCUAGAGAUCCUCGAAACUGGCCCGCAGGUGAGGAUUACCGCUGACGACGACGCCAAGGUGGCCGCGGCGGAGGCAGAGGUCAAGAAGAUUGUCGCUCGACAGGAGAAGCCCGACUACGAGGGCCCGAAGGGCAUGCGCCUGCGCAAGGAAGCAAACGACCUCGGGUGUUUGCGCUCGAAACUCUUCGACGAGGCGACCAAGAGGCGAGAGGCAGGUGACCACGAGGGCGCGAACAAGCUGGUUGCGAAGGGCAAAGAGGCUGGCAAGAACAUGCAAGCCCGUCAUCGCGAGGCAGCCGUGGCGAUUGCCUGGUACAACAACGAGGCCAAGGGCAAGGGUCAGAACUUUUUUGACAUGCACGGCCUGCGUGUGGAGGAGGCGAUGGAGAUGCUGAAGGUACGCAUGGCCAGGCUGGAGGAACAGCCGGAGGGGACGAUGACGGAGUUCGAGGUCGUUCCUGGCGCCGGCCACCACUCCGCCCCAGGCGCGCAGAAGCUGAAGGCCGCCACGCUGGAGUACAUCAAGUCGAAGGGCUACGUGUACGACGUGGUCAACGCCGGAACCUUUCUCGUGAAGGUGCCCGGCCGCAGCGAGGGCGUCAUCUCGAAGCCGGAGUAUGGCGACAAGGCGCCGACUAAGCGCGACGAGUCGAAGAAGGAGCCGGCCAGAAAGAGCAAGACGAAGUCCUGCUGCGUAUGUAUGUAA